AUGAAAGUUUGGGCUCUGUCUUUCUUCGUUUUAAUUUUGUCUUGUUUCUUGAAAGUAGAAUCGAAUUCUUCGAUAUACAAUGUCAUUGAUUAUGGUGCACGUGGAGAUGGACAUAUCGACGAUACUAAGGCUUUCACGAAAGCAUGGGAAGCAGCAUGCUCUUCUUCGUCUUCUUCUUCGCCAACCAUGCAAGUCCCUUCGGAAAUGACGUUCAUGAUUCAACCCUUGUACUUUAGAGGAGAGUGUGAUCCAAAACAAAUCAAUGUUGAGAUAAAUGGGAAUAUUGUUGGACCUAAAGAUCCCUCAGAUUGGACAUGCUAUGACGGUUGUCGUGAAUGGAUCCAUUUUGAACAUGUCGAUGGGCUUAGGGUUUAUGGGAGUGGUACAAUCAAUGGGCAGGGACAGAAAUGGUGGGAUUUGAAUGCUUUCACGAAAGCAUGGGAAGCAGCAUGCUCUUCUUCGUCUUCUUCUUCGCCAACCAUGCAUGUCCCUUCGGAAAUGACGUUCAUGAUUCAACCCUUGUACUUUAGAGGAGAGUGUGAUCCAAAACAAAUCAAUGUUGAGAUAAAUGGGAAUAUUGUUGGACCUAAAGAUCCCUCAGAUUGGACAUGCUAUGACGGUUGUCGUGAAUGGAUCCAUUUUGAACAUGUCGAUGGGCUUAGGGUUUAUGGGAGUGGUACAAUCAAUGGGCAGGGACAGAAAUGGUGGGAUUUGAAUGCUUUGAAGAUUUCAAACUCCAACAACGUUUACUUGACUGGCCUAAGCUUUAAGGACAACCCUCGCGUGCAUGUCGAAUUCAAAGGCUCAAAAUCGGUGUAUAUCUCUGGUAUAUCAAUCGAUGCACCGGGAAAUAGCCCGAACACUGAUGGUAUUCACAUCGGAGGAUCCACCGAUGUCUUCAUUAAUGAUUGCAGCAUCAAGACUGGAGAUGAUUGCAUCUCCAUGGUUGAUGGGUCUUCAAAUAUCCAAAUCAGCAACAUCACUUGUGGGCCUGGACAUGGUAUAAGUAUAGGAAGUUUAGGCAAACAUGGAGCAGAAGACAAAGUUGAAAAUAUCCAUGUUAGCGAUGUUGUAUUUACAGGAACAACAAAUGGUGCUAGGAUAAAGACAUGGCAGGGAGGUAACGGUUAUGUUAGAGACAUAGUCUAUGAACGUGUAUUGUGUCAAGAAAUAGCUUAUCCUAUCAUUAUCAAUCAAAACUAUUGUGACCAUGAACAUUGUGAAACCCAAAAUGCAGCAGUGCAAGUUAGCAAUGUCACUUUUCGACAGUUUCUGGGAACGUCAAGAAAAGAGACGGCGAUAAUGUUGGAUUGCAGUAAAGCAGUUCCGUGUAAAGAUAUAAUCCUAGAAAACAUAUAUCUUCGUACGACACACGGACAUCAUGCAAAAUCUGUUAACAACAAUGCCCAUGGAAGAACUCAAGGAUUAAUGGUUCCAGUGAUACCCCUCUCUUGA